ACAUAUUUUUUAUUUAAAAAAAAAAAAAAGGAAAACAUUGUGUCGAGUCAGAUCUAUUUAGUAAGAAAAUGAAAAUAUUACAUCAUAUUACGAUGAUUAACUGAAAUUCAUCACUUGUGAUGAAACUUCGAUUACCACCGUGUUUAUUAGACAACUCGUAAGAGAGUGUCAAUUUGUCAGAGUAUAUAUAAGUGUCAAGUAAGCAACUGACUCUUCAGUUUUCAAUCAGAUUUCGUGAAGUUUUCAUAUUGUCAUCUCAUAUUUCUUACUUCUCUCGUAAUAAUAAUAAAUACAUAGAACAAGUGUUACAAGUAGACAAUAUUUGACGCAAGUAUAUAGUGAUUUUCAAAUAAUAUCAAGAAGCAAAAUAUCAAAAUGGUCGAUUCCGUAUUUUUAACACGUUCGUUCGGUACACCAGCGGAAGGUGUAAAAGACCAAUAUGCCGAUGGAAAAGCUGCCAAAGUAUGGGAAAUAUUUAUCGGCGAUAAAAAUCAAAGGACACAAAAUUAUCGAGACUUUUUGGUUGGUCUUCUGAAAGAAAAAGGAUGCAAGAGAAUCUUAGAUGUUGCCUGUGGUACAGGCGUUGAUUCCGUAAUGCUCCUUGAAGAAGGUUUCGAAGUCGUUAGUGUUGAUGCUUCUGAUAAAAUGCUCAAAUAUGCUCUCAAAUCCAGAUGGGAGAGAAGAAAGGAACCAGCUUUUGAUAAUUGGGUGAUUGAGGAAGCAAAUUGGUUGACAUUAUCGAAAGAUAUCAGUCAUCUUAUCGGUGACGGUUUUGAUGCUGUUAUUUGCCUUGGAAAUAGUUUUGCACACAUGCCUGAUUUAUAUGGCGAUCAGAGAGAACAAAAACAAGCCUUUGCUAAUUUUGAACGUUGCGUCAAACCAGGUGGAUUGUUUUUAAUCGAUCACAGAAAUUACGAUUAUAUUAUAGAAACCGGAAACACACCAUCGAAAUGCAUAUACUACAAUAGUCGACAUAUGACGGAUAUAAAAACGUCAGUACUUUAUAUAUCAGGCAAACCAGCUAUCGUUACUUUGGAUUACAUGAUCACCAUUGAUGGAAAAUCAAAUAAAAAUAAUUCGGAUAAUGUUAACGAAUUUAGAUUAUCAUAUUAUCCUCACAGAUUGAAAGUUUUCAGUGAAAUGCUUGCAGAAGCAUUUAGAUUUAAAGCAAAUCAUACAAUAUAUGCUGAUUUUAAACCAAUGGAAAUGGUAGAGAAUCCUGGAUUUUACAUUCACGUGAUGGAAAAAUACUAAUGUAACUUACAUUGAAUCUCUUUACGAGUUUCACAAAAGAAAUAAUAUAACACGUCGAUGUGUGUUGUAAUUAUUUUACAAUGUUGAACACAUUUCGCAAAUAUACGGACAUAUUUUGCGAGAGAUGAAUUUUUUACAGUACGAGUUACACCGAUCGAUUAUUUUCUUGUAGCGGAAUCAAGAAAUAAUAUUUGUGAGUUAUUCUCUCUCUCUGUUCUUGGAUAAGAGAUAUUAAGGAGAAAAUUAUAACUCCAUGAAUGAAGAAAAAGAUUCUCUUAGAAUGAUUGUACAUACACAUAUCAAAUUGUUUUUAUAAUAUUUAAGUACGAUCAUUCAAUCAUAUGUGAUAUAAUAAUGUAAAGUACUUAAUAUAUACAGAGAUAUAUAUGGGUGAUUGAAGAAUAAAAUAUUUGUUAUCAUAAUUUUCAUCUUU